AACGCUGGGUGCCCUAUAAAAGAUCUCGCACCACGUUUCUCCUCACCAUCUCAGCUUCAGCUCUCCUCUCGAAUUCCUGCUGAACGGGCAGGUCUGCAAAGAUGUGCUCCCGCCAGGACAAAGACCAGUGUCACCGGCAAGAACGACCCUCAUGGUACAGCAGUGAAGGGUGCCAUGGGAGCAACAGUGGAUCUGGAUGCCACGGGAGCAGGGGAUAUGGAUGCCACGGGAACAACAGUGGAUCUGGAUGCCACGGGAGCAGGGGAUACGGAUGCCACGGGAACAACAGUGGAUCCGGAUGCCAUGGGAACAACAGUGGAUCCGGAUGCCAUGGGUACAACAGUGGAUCCGGAUGCCACGGGUACAACAGUGGAUCCGGAUGCCACGGGAACAACAGUGGAUCCGGAUGCCACGGGUACAACAGUGGAUCUGGAUGCCACGGGAGCACUGAGAGAUCCUGCCAUGGAAAGCCACAGGAUUGCCAGCAGAAAAUUUAUCAAGUAUCCUCAAAUAUGAAGUGAUCAGGACAUGAUCUGCAUGCUAUACACCUGCAUAUCCUUGAUCUUGUGCCAAGUUCAGCAAGCUUUGCACGUCUCCUUGCAAUCUUCAAAGAAAAUGCCUCCUCUCCCUCCCCUGGCAAGUACUGUACCUCUGAUGAGCUUAUCUGUGGGUGCUAAAAUAAACGGUGCACAUUAA